UUAUAACCUUAAUGAAUAAAACAUACAAAUUAGCAAAAAAAACAAAAACAAAAAAAACAAGUUUAAAACUUAUUUGAUUAGAUAAAUAAUUAAAAUUAUUCAAAAUCUAAAAAAUAUAUUUUAAAAUAAAAUGAUAAUUCUUAUAUGUAUUGUGUUGUUAUCCGAAAUAUCUUUUAAUAGAAAAGUUAAAAACUAAAUUUAUAUAAUUGAAAAGAUAACACUGAGUGAUUUAUAAGAUUAAUCUAUUAAUAAUGAAUAUAGUGUCCAUUUUUUUUUCAAAAAAUUUAUACGUAAAAAUAUUCAAAUGAAAACAUAAAUAAUAAUUGGUUAAAAACAUAAAUAAUGAUUUAUCAUUAUAAUCUUUUAAUUAGUGAAAAUGUAUUAAUAAGUGUUUACAUAUGGGCGCAUGAAAAAUCUAGUUUUAUAUAUAUUUAUUAAUACAUACAUUACUAUUAAACACUAUAAUAAUAAAGUAUUAUUUAUAGUUCAAAAUAUUCCAAAAUUCUGAAUUUUUAAGUUUCUUAUGCAACACAUAUUUUUCUAUUUUAAAAAUAUACAAAUAUUAUUCUUUCUUCUAUAAACAAUCUUACUAUUCUAAAAUCAAUUAAAAUUUCAUUAACUCUAUAAUUUAUUUUUAGGGAAUUGCAAAUUUCUAUAUUAUUAAACAGAAUGAUAAAUAGAAAAUAUAUUUUGAAUAAAGGAAAGUGAUGAAUUAUGGAAAACUUAAGCUCUGCUUUUUCUCGUACCUUCCUUUUUGCGUUUAUCACUUCCCCCUAUAAAUACUCAAGUCUCUCUAUCAUUAACAACUACAAAUUUCAUUCUGACAUUCAAUCUCCUGACUGUAUUAUCAAACCCCCCCUAAGAGUUAAACCCAAUGGCGAUUAUCUCUGAGAUGCAAGAUGAGACGAGACAAGAGGAGAGUGUGCCUCCAAUGGAUCCCAUGGAGGUGGAGAAGCCAAAGAAAGAAAGCUUGAAGCCCACGGAACCCAUUGUUCCUAACAAAGGCAACGGGCUUGAUUUUGAGAAGUACUCAUGGACACAGAAUCUCCAGGAGGUCACAGUCACCAUUCCAGUCCCUAGCGGCACUAAGUCACGGUCUGUCACCUGUGAAAUCAAGAAGAAUCGUCUGAGAGUUAGUCUCAAAGGACAAGAUCCAAUCAUCGAUGGAGAGUUCUUCAAUGCCGUCAAGCCUGACGACUGCUUCUGGAACAUCGAGGAUCAGAAGGUCGUAUCGGUGCUCUUGACAAAGCAGGACCAGAUGCAGUGGUGGAAGUGCUGUGUGAAGGGGGAGCCUGAGAUUGACACUCAGAAAGUUGAGCCAGAGAGCAGCAAACUGUCUGAUUUAGACCCGGAAACCCGAAGUAGCGUUGAGAAGAUGAUGUUUGAUCAGAGGCAGAAGCAGAUGGGACUACCAACGAGUGAUGAGAUUGAGAAGGAAGAUAUGAUGAAGAAGUUUAUGUCUCAGCAUCCUGAGAUGAACUUCUCUAAUGCAAAGUUUAACUGAUCUUUUUCCUUGUUCUCUCUUCUUAUUUCUUAAGCCAGUUUUGUAUUUGAACUAUCAUCUUGUUAUGGCUUUACGAUAUUGAAUCUACCCGUCUGGUUUUGUUCAAGACAGUUGUUAUUCGUUUAAUAAACCAUUAUGGAAAAAAUCAUCUGGUUUUUGCUUAACUAUGUGUUCAAUAUGGUUUGCUUAAAAAGUCUUCUAGGUGAAAUAAGAAUCUGGUACCGUAACCAGUAUCGAGACAAGAAAGCUUACAGCUCGCAUACUGGUGGUUCUAUAUCUACCAUGAUCAGUUUGUGAAUAAAUUAGAAUGUACUGAAAUACAGAAAGGAUGUUGUAGACAAUGGUAUUAUCAGCAAACGAAAAAACUUUUAUGUGACGAAUGUUGAACGUUGAAUGUUGCAUGUCUAUUCUGUUUUAAUUUUCUUUUUAACUUUUUAUUAAAAUAUAUUUUUCAGAUAAUAACAUAAUAUAUAUAUAUAUAUAGAUGAAUUAUCCUUUUAAAUAUAUUAUCACCUAGUAUAGAUGUAAAUACUCGUAUGCGCGGGCUAAAAACCUAAUUAUUUUAAAACAGAUGAUUUUCUUUCAAAAACUAGGGUUUUACUACAAAAAUAUCUAAUUAUUUAAAAUAUAAAUUAUUUUUAAAACAUAGAGUUCCAUUACAAAAACAUAAAAUUAUAGUAUAAACAUAUGAUUCUACUUUUGACAAAAUAAACAUAAGAUUCUACUACAAAACACAGAAUUUUACUGAAAAAACAUAGAACCCAAUUUCAAAAACAUAGAAUUCUGUUACAAAAACAUAUAACUCAAUUUCAAAAACUUAGAUUUUUUUUUUGAAAGAAUGUUAAAUUUAUUCUAAAAAAAGCUAUUUGUACAAUGAAUGUAAACAACAGUAGAGCUUAUUGUUUAUAAUUAUAACUGAAAAAAAUUAGAAUUCAAGAUAAGUAAUAUAUGAAACUGUGAGGGAAAAUUUCAUCGACUUUCACUGAUAAAACACCUAACCUGAAUGAACAAGUUGGUCUUAUUACACUAUCUGUUCCCACAAAACAAAAGAAGUAACCAACAUCAACAAGAAAAAAGGAAAAGAAAACACACUAAUCAACAAAGACUUAUGAUAUCAUUCAGUUCUCUUCUCCAAAUCUUGAUGAUCAUCCUCUGCAAGCAUAUACCUUUUCCAGAACCAAUGUGGCUUCCACACUCUGUCCCUCACAUCAUCAAUAGCCACACCUUUAGUCUCCGGUAUAAAGAACAAAGCAAACAGUCCCAUCACAAUGAUCCAAGCGCUGAAGAAGAAGAAUAUUCCUGAUCUCAUCCCACAAAGCAUCGAUAA